AAUUGCAGGUACUGUUCAAUGCUGUGCGACCGCUGGCAGCCAAGGACCUAACAGACAGUCAUUCAAAACAAUGAUCAAACUAUAAAUCUGUUUGCCAUCACAAACCUUGAAAAGAAGAAAUUGUCUACAAAUACAUCUCACACAUCAGAUUAAAAACGUAGCAGCCAUGUUGUCGGUCUAUGUGGCUUUUCUGUUUCUCUGCACUGCCCACCUGCCACUUGACUCCUCCGCCCUUCCCUUUGAGCAGAAAGGAUUCUGGGACUUUGGCAAGGACAUUGAUGUGAAAGAGCUGAUGAUGAUGAUGAAGGACCAAGAAGAAGGGUCAGCUGUGGAUCCAUACCAGCCGGAACAUCCUACAUGUCCAUUUGGCUGUCGGUGCGACCUCAGAGUUGUACAGUGCUCGGAUUUAGGUUUAGGUUACGUGCCAUAUGAUAUUCCUAAAGACACACUGCUGUUGGACCUGCAGAGCAACAGGAUCACAGAGAUCAGGGAGGGAGAUUUUAAAGGAAUGACCAAUCUCUAUGCCCUGGUGUUAAGAUAUAACCAGAUUGCCAAAGUUCAUCCCAAGGCAUUCCUCCCUUUGAAGCGUUUGCAGAAGUUAUACAUCUCGCACAACCUUCUGACUUCCAUCCCCAAAAACCUGCCUCCAUCCCUUGUGGAGCUGCGUAUCCAUGACAAUCAUAUCAAGAAGGUGCAGGCAUAUAGCUUCUCGGGCCUCCACAACAUGCAUGUCAUUGAAAUGGGUCGUAAUCCACUCCAGAACAGUGGUUUCGAACCUGGAGCAUUUAUGGGCCUUAAACUUAACUACUUGCGCAUUUCUGAAGCCAAACUCACCGGAAUUCCCAAAGACCUUCCCAGUAGUCUUCAUGAGCUUCAUUUGGACAAUAAUCAGAUUCAGGCCAUUGAGUUGGUGGAUCUCAGCCAGUACACCCAGCUGCAGAGGUUGGGACUUGGCAGUAACCAGAUUCGCCACAUUGAGCAUGGUGCUUUAUCUUACCUCACCGACCUGAGAGAGCUGCACCUUGACAACAACCGUCUGUCCAGUGUGCCCAGUGGACUGCCUCAUUUGAAGUAUCUGCAGGUUGUCUACCUCCAUUCAAACAACAUCACUAAUGUUGGAGUGGAUGACUUCUGCCCUACGGGUUUUGGGAUGAAGAGGGUGUUCUACAAUGGCAUCAGUCUCUAUGACAACCCAAUCAGGUAUUGGGAGGUGCAGCCCGCUACAUUCCGCUGUGUCAGUGACCAAAUGGCUGUACAGUUUGGCAACCACAAGAAAUAAAAGA